CAGUGGACCGUCGUCAGGUAGCCGUAAGUCCCCACUUCAGACGUGGAGAUGUGUCGUAAAAUAUUGAAAUUGCGGACGCCUUGCCCAGCCGUGAUUGUUUGAAAUGAAGUAAAACCCGGAUCGCUAAGAUGGGGAAAAGGCGAGCGAAAGGAAAAAACAUACAGCCGGAUGAAUCACCAGACACACUGGAACCUGUGUGCACACACCUUCGCAAAGGAUUGGAACAAGGCCACCUGAAAAAGGUGUUGCAGAAUGUGGACUGGAACUCCUGCCAGGAUUGCCGGACGUCUGACAGUGGGACACGUGAGAAAUCAGAAGAGGAAGCUGAAGAUAGACCGGCGAUAUGGUUAUGUCUAAAAUGUGGCCACAGGGGUUGUGGCAGAAACUCUGAAGAACAACAUGCUUUAAAGCACUAUGAAACACCAAGAUCAGAACCUCACGCUUUGGUUCUCAGUCUGGACAACUGGAGCGUGUGGUGCUACUUAUGUGAUAAUGAGGUCCAGUACAAUGGUUCUACUCAGUUGGGUCAACUUGUGGAUUAUGUUAGAAAGCAAGCUCGUAUGAACGUCCAGAAUGCAUCAUCUAAAGAUGAAGAAAACAAACCGUUGGCGAACAAAAAAAUAAAAGACCACAUAAAUGAGGAAGAGAGGGAGAAAAAGGAGAUCUUGAUCAAAGACGACAAAUUUCAUUUAAACGGCAAUGCUGAAGUGAUGGUGAAGGGUCUCAGUAACUUGGGCAAUACAUGUUUCUUUAAUGCUGUCUUGCAGAAUUUAUCACAGACACCAGUUCUGAGGGAACUGUUGAAGGAGGUUAAAAUGCCUGACUCAACCAUUACGAUUGAACCACCAGAAUUCUCAAUAACAGAUCCUCUGGUAGUUACGCUUGAUCAGCCGAGACCCCUUACGUUAGCAAUGUGCCAGUUUCUGACAGAAAUGCAGGAGACGAAAAAAGGAACAGUGACCCCUAAAGAACUCUUCUCUCAGGUCUGUAAAAAAGCUAUACGGUUUAAGGGCUAUCAGCAGCAGGACAGCCAGGAGUUGCUUCGUUAUUUACUGGAUGGGAUGCGAACAGAAGAAGUCCAACGGACUUGUGCUGGAAUUCUUAAGGCACUGAAUAAUUCUGUUGACAAAGAAAAUGAAGAGAUAAAAAGGACAAUCAAAGAGUAUGAAAAGAGAAAAGUAACACAAAGCUUUGUGGACCGUAUUUUUGGUGGAGAAUUAACAAGCACGAUCAUGUGCGAAGAGUGCCAAACUGUUUCUUUAGUGCACGAGUCGUUCCUUGAUUUGUCACUCCCCGUCUUAAAUGAUCAGGGUGGUAAGAAAAAAAUGAAUGAAAAAAAUGUUAAAAAGGUACAGGAAAAGGAGGCAGAAAAUGAUGAAGACAACAUGGACAAUGACUGUUAUUUGAAGGAGAGAGAGGAGACUCCUGGCACAAGUAAGCAUCUCCAGAAAAAGGCAAAGAAAAUAGCCAAGAAGCAAGCAAAGAACCAGCGUCGCCAGCAAAAAAUUCAAGAAAAGGUGAUUCCGCUAACGAAUAGCUGUGCCACUAAAAAAAAGGAAGCUGAUCAUGAUUGCAGUAAUGAAACAGUAGAAAGUAAUGAAACAGUAGAAGCUAACACUGAGGUUACUUGCCUAAAUCAAGAGGAGGAGCUAUUAAACCCAUAUGAAGAGCAUAGUGUGGAUCAAAAAGGUAGUAUAAAUGGGCAAGAGAUAAAAACGGAAGAACAGAAUACAGAAAAACACAAUGAAAAUACAGACGGUUUUGACCAGGAGGCAAACAAUGAAGUUAGUAUGGAUGUUCCCUCAGAAGGUUUGGUUUCUACUGUAGAGUGUGUUAAUAAAUUUGAUCAUCUGCCUCUCAAAGAAGAUAGUAUUGAGGAAGAAGAGAAUAUUGCCAAUGACUUCAAUAAAUUAUCCUUGGAUGAAGAACCUGAUGAUGAUAUAGCUAGCUUGAAUGGUGUUCAUAAUUCCGAUGCAAAAUUGUAUGAAGUAGUGAAUGAGGACCCAGAAACAGCUUUUUCUACUCUUGCAAGCAGGGAAGCUAUGAAUGUAGAAGAAAAUUCAAUCCUUCAUUGCUUAUACCAGUUCACUCAUAAUGAGAAACUUUGCGAAAACAAUAAACUGCUCUGUGAUAUAUGCACACACAGGCAACUUUGUGGACCAAAGACCACUGGAAAAAAUGCCAAGAAACAUGUAUACACAAAUGCCAAAAAGCAAAUGCUUGUUUCUCUCGCUCCUCCAAUUUUAACUCUUCAUUUAAAAAGAUUUCAACAGACUGGGUAUAAUCUCCAAAAAGUGAACAAGCACAUUAAAUUUCCCGAGGUAAUGGAUUUGGCACCUUUCUGCUCAGUUAAGUGCAAGAACGUUGCGGAGGGAAGUUCUAAAGUAUUGUAUUCCUUAUAUGGAAUUGUUGAACAUAGUGGUACUAUGAGAUCUGGUCACUACACUGCCUAUGUGAAGACAAGAACUGCUAACAACCAAAUUUCUGAUCUUGUCCUCCAUGGUAAUAUUCAACGAACUUCAGAGACCGAAUCAUCCAAAGGGCAAUGGUUUCAUAUUAGUGAUACCCAUGUGCAAGCAGUGCCUAUAUCCAGAGUACUGAAUUCACAAGCAUAUCUCCUAUUCUAUGAACGACUACUGUAAACUGUGACUACAGCAGUAGCAAUAUUUCUUGUGGAACCAAAAACUAUCAUGUUCAGUUUUAUAUUAUGUGCCAUGAUUUUCUUUAGUCUUAAUUUACAUUUGAACAGAAUUUACCAUUCAUGCUUUUAAAUAAAUUACAUCCUUAACUAA